AUGACACCAGCAGACGAAGUGUCCAAACUCAGUGUUUCAUCAUCGGCUCAGAAUACUUCGUAUUUCUGUAACAUGAUUCCUAACUUCGGCAGCACUUCGCCAUCACGGAAACUUACAGGGCGUAAGAGACCACGAGCUUCCAAUAAUGAAAUCUGCUCUGAGGAUGAGAUGGCGUCUCUUGUUGCGGCAGAACUGAAUAAGCUGACAUUUCAAGAACGGGAGACAGUCUACGAGGAAGUUCAUGCGAUAGGAGCCACAGACCAUCAGAAUCAGAUCUCAGACGAGGAAAUGCAAAGACUGAUCAAUCAAACUAGAGAACACAUCGCCACAACACGAAGGAACAAGCAAGCAUACAACCGAGCUGUAUUUCUCAAUCCUGAAUAUGUGGAUUCUGAUCAUUUUUUAUCACUGUUUGUAAUUGGAGAAAAGUUAGUGCCAUUGAAUGCGGCAAAGAAAGUGAUUGAUCACUUUGCCAUCAAAGCAGAGCUUUUUGCUCCCCAUCUGUUGGCCAAGAAGAUUACUUUCCAAGAUCUAGAUGAAGAAGAUCAGAGAUCACUGUUGUCUGGUUCCUAUCAAGCUGUGGGUACCGACCUUGCUGGACGGACAGUGGUAAUGGGAUGUCCGUGUCACGAGUACAAGACUGUGGACAAUCAGGUUCGCGCCUUGUGGUACAUUUUGUCGAAGAUUGUGGCAGACAAGUCGACGAGGAAGAAGGGAUUGGUUUUUCUGUACUAUGUGUCAUCAGCAUUAUCAAACGAUAACGGGCACAUCGACAUGUACCUCAAAGCCUCAUCUGUCCAAAAAGCUCUCCCACUUGUUGUGAAGGGUUUUCAUUUCUGUUAUGAACACGAAAUCUUCCGACCAAUCAUGUCCGCCAUGCAAAUGGUCAUUGGCAAUCGUAUGCGAUUGCGAUUCCGUUCCCAUUAUGGUUCAACAGUCGAAAUAAACUACUCUCUUCAGACGUUUGGGAUACCAGGAUCAAUCUUUCCUUUUGAAAGGAAUGGGAAGCUGAGUCUCGAUAAGUUUCGAAACUACCUGACGACAGUCAUUCAGCAAGAGGGAGAAGAGGAAGUCAAGAAUGGGGACACAAUCUUUUGCCCAACUAGUGUUGAUGUUCUUCUUGGGCGGGGACGCCAUCCUCAGGAACACUUGGGGAAUUUGAAUCUAGCCGAACUUGUCGAUGCGCAUACUGGCACGUAUGCAUCGAUUCCUAAAAAGGGCAAAAAAGAACUUCACAUGUCAAUUGUCCGAUCCGUGCAAGGUCAAGGCGGAAGGUUCCUAAAGCGUGGUCCUCGUGGCGAAGGCUGGGAAGUUGUGGGUGACGAAGUUGCUAUCGACAAAGUUCGCAAUCGAUUUCGCGAAGCCAUCUCGAAGGAAACAAAAAAGACUUGA